AUGGAAGCUUCCCGCUUACCAAAAGCCCGAUGGCGCACCUACUGGCUAGCCCUAGUCCUCUGCUGCGGCGGAGCCCUAUUCGGCUAUGAUUCCGGGGUAAUAGGCGGUGUCCUAACCUUCCCCUCCUUCCAACAAAGCUUCAACUUCACCACCACCCAAAAGACAAGCAUAAGCGCCAUAGCAGUAGGAAUCCAACAAGCCGGCGCAUUCGCAGGCUGCUUCCUAAUCUGGCCAUUGACAAACGCCCUCGGCCGGCGCGCCGCAAUGAUGAUCUGCUCAGCAGUCUUCUGCAUGGGCGUAAUCCUCGAAGUAAUCGACACACACUCCCUCGCAGCCUUCUACGUCGGCCGGGUAAUCUGCGGACUAGGCGUUGGCGGUUCGGCAACCGUGAUACCGAUCUACAUGUCUGAGAUGAGUCCCAAGGAGAUCCGUGGCCAAUUGGGGAGUUGUUAUCAGCUUACGUAUACCAUUGGAAUUCUUGUUAGUUAUUGGGUUGAUUAUGGGGUUAAGGGGAUGCCGGCCACGGCGAGGCAGUGGCAGUUGCCUAUUGGCCUGCAGCUCGUUCCUGGGUUCCUUAUGGGGGUUGGGGUUUUGAGCCUGGCCGAGAGCGUAAGGUGGCUGUUGGCGAAUGGGAGGGAGGAGGAAGCUUGGAGGAGUCUUGUUUGGAUUCGGGCGGGAGAGGGGGUGGCGGUUGUGGGUGAGUUUGAGGAUAUGCGGAGGGGAUUGGAAGAGGAGAGGCAUGCUACUGCUGGGUUCCGGGUGAGGGAAUUGCUGGAGUGGCCGAAUCUGCAUCGGUUGUUGAUUGGUGGUGGGUUGUUUCUGGCGCAGCAGUCGACUGGGUCGACUGCGUUGGCGUAUUUUGGACCGCAGUUUUUUGCGAUUCUUGUUGGGGAUGGAGAUCGCACUUUGUUGCUUACGGGUAUCUUUGGUGCGAUCAAGGUUGUGGCUUGUGCGGUUUUUGUGGUGUUUUUGUCGGAUCGGUUUGGGAGACGGCCGUUGCUUAUGAAUGGCGCGGCGUUUAUGGCUGUUUGUAUGAUUGCUACUGCGGCGGUUAUCAAGGCUUACCCGCAACCUGGGGAUGGGACAGUGACAUCUUCGGGGAUUGCGACUGUCGCGUUGAUAUAUCUUGAUAUCAUCGCUUACAACUUCAGUUGGGGGCCGCUGCCUUGGCCAUGCACGAGUGAGAUCUUUCCCACGCGGAUUCGGGAGCCCGGUGUUGCGUUCGGUGUUGGAUCGCAGUGGCUGUUCAAUUUCGUGUGGAGCUUCUCGACGCCGUACAUCCAGGCGGGCAUUGGCUGGGGGACAUUCCUGCUGUUUGGUCUGUUGGAUGUUCUCAUUGUCAUAUUUACAUUCUUCUUCCUGAAGGAGACUGCCGGCAAGUCUCUGGAGGAGAUUAACAAUAUGUUUGAUGGGAUUGAUCCCGAUGCUGAGCAUGGGUGGAAGGGGGUUACCGUGGAUGGAUCUGCCCAUGGUGAUGCUGAUGCAUACCAAGAUGCGCAGACUGAUAUUGAUACCAAGUCUGUCCAGUCCAAGCAUCAGUCUGCACAUGUCGAGUCAACCGCUGGACGGUCUUGA